ACACACUCACCACGCGUUAACAUAAAUGUUAGGAAAACGAUGAUUUAACAUUUCUCUUGGGAAAAUUGAGCAUUGUUGCCGUUGAAAACACGUUGUUUAUUUUUCCCCGUUAACAAAACCAACUAUGGACGAAUGAAAUUGCUAUUGUCAUUAAGAGCAGCCAUCGAUUGCGGACUUGCACCUACAACGCUGACGCAGCAGAUAUUGCGCCAUUCGAAGGCCAGAAAACAGACCAUAACCACCGCCCCCAACCGACCUUACAAAAUCGGAAUCAUGAGCGUGGAGAAGCCAAAGGUUGUCUUCGUUUUGGGCGGUCCGGGAGCCGGAAAAGGCACCCAGUGCUCCAAGAUAGUGGAUCGUUUCCAGUUCACCCAUCUGUCGGCCGGAGACCUGCUCCGGGAGGAGCGUUCGCGGGAGGGCUCUGAAUUUGGCAACCUCAUCGAGGAUUACAUUCGAAAUGGCAAAAUUGUGCCCGUGGAGGUCACGUGUUCGCUGCUGGAGAACGCCAUGAAGGCCUCGGGAAAGUUGCGAUUCCUCGUCGACGGCUUCCCCCGGAACCAGGAUAACCUGGACGGCUGGAAUCGCCAGAUGUCCGAGAAGGUGGACAUGCAGUUCGUCCUCUUCUUCGACUGCAGUGAGGAUGUGUGCGUGCAGCGGUGCCUGGGCCGUGGACAGAGCGGCUCCGGCCGGACGGAUGACAACAUGGACAGCCUGAAGAAGCGGAUUCAGACGUACAACAACGACUCGCUGCCCAUCAUCAAGUUCUUUGAGGGCGCCGGCCAGGUCAAGAGGAUCGACGCCAGUCCGGAUGCCGACCAGGUCUUCGGCGAGGUGGAGCGGGUCUUUCUGGCCAGCGGCUUCUAAAAUUCCUACUCAAUUUCCGGUUCUGUGUGUGUAGUGCUAUCUUUACUCAUCGUUUGUACCCCUGCAAAUAUAUACGCUUGUUACUAGUAAUGUGAAAGGUAAUUUUUCUUCACCCCGAUAAGGUAAUAGAUACAAAUACUAUGAAAAGAGGUAGACAACUUUUUCUGUAUCUUGUGAAUUAAAUGUGUAUUAAACAAAAAUGAUUUUGAAGCUGGAAUUAAAGUUAUAAUUUAAGAGAACAAUUUAUUUUGCAGACAUUUUUCGGAAAUAGGGCAUCAAAAAGAAAUAAACAAAACUAAGCAAACAUA